GUGUCCUGUCAUAGACACAUACAGCUGUGCCGCCCAACCACAGCGCUCUUCACCACUUUCUGGCUACAGUGACCGCGGUCGCAAAGCGCAACCAAACUUUAACUCCUACCUCUACAUGAGGUCCACAUACCACAACUUCCAUCACCUAUACCUUGAAUACGUAUUGUAUAUUCUUGUGCAUCUUGUGUGACAUCUUCAUUAUAGUUUUGCUGAAUCCAUCCUCAAGAAAGCAGUCCUGAUCUCGAGUCGCAGAGAUAACCUUUUGACGCCUGGCCACGGAUACUUCUACCACCAGGAACUGCCCGCUGCCGGAAGCAGUUGCACAACUUCCGGGCGACCCAAAUACCGGACUUGACCAUCUCGUCACUUAGGAACAUCAUUAAGCACCAAAGAAAUAGCGAAAGUACCAGCAAAAUGGCAACACCAAAGUUCAACUCCAAGUCGCCCACCAUCCGUCGCAUCCUCCGCGAAGCCCAAGAACUCUCCGCUUCGCCCUCCCCCGAUUACACAGCCACUCCGCUCGAAUCAGACCUCUUCGAGUGGCACUUCACCCUCCGCGGGCCUCCUAAUUCGGUCUACGCCGACGGCAUCUACCACGGCCGCAUCGUUCUCCCACAAGCCUACCCGCUACGACCUCCAUCUUUCCGCUUCGUCACACCUUCCGGGCGCUUCGAAGCCAACCGCGAGAUUUGUCUUUCCAUCAGCGGCCACCACGAAGAGACAUGGCAGCCCGCCUGGGGAGUACGCACCGCCCUGGUCGCACUGCGCUCCUUUAUGGAGACAGACCCCAAGGGGCAGCUGGGCGGUCUUGACGCGACCGAAGCCGUGCGCAGGCGGAUGGCGACCGAGUCGAGGGCGUGGAAGUGUCAGGCCUGCGGGAAGACAAACGAGGAGAUUAUCUGGGAGUGUGAGGAGGCAGCCAAGGAACACCAAGGGGAAGGUCAGGCCGAGGUAGAGGUGCCGAGCGACUUGAAGAUGGGGUGGCGGGACGAGAUGGACAAAAACAGUAGCGGUGCGGCGGCGGCGUCGAGAUCUGGGGCGCAACAAGACGAGGAGGAUGCUGAAAGUGCAGAGCUGGCCGAAGGUUUCGUACAAACGGCGCCUUUACCACCUACGCCACAGCCUAGGUCGGUAGGGAUUACUUCAUCUUCCUCGACUCCAGCGCAACCAGGGCAGGGUGUGCCACAGCCGACGAGGACGAUCCCUCUGCCUUCACAGUUUAAUCCCCACCCCCAGCCUAUGAUGCAGCAUCGUCACCCACGGCAGGUUAGGGUGAGUAACGACGAGGUGACGUUCUGGAUCGACCGAUUAAUUGUAGUUCUAUCCAUCGCCCUUGCUGCCAUGAUACUCAAAGUUUUUCUGGCAUAGCUGCCAUGAUAUCUUUUUCAAGGCUUUCUGGCAUGCGGUUUGGUUCUGCAGGGGCUAGUCUGAUUGGUUGUUUUGAGGGUUUACACAGUUGGAAUCUGGCGUUUAUGGCGAUCACAAGGAUGACAAGGGUGGAUGGGUUUUGGAAGGGCGUUUUCCUACGAGAUUG